AUGUUUCACCAUAUCGCGCUUUAUCACCAGAAUGAACCGAGUUUCAAUAUGACAUGUGACUUACAUGAGACAUGCGGGGUAUUAUACCGAACAUAUUCGGCUUACAAGUCUUACGUCUAUCGACAACACUCAUCUGAACUUUAUGCCAAAGGCAAACUCGAUACGAAUAUCACUCUUAUUUCUGCUGAUAAUCAACAACAAACAAAUAUAGAGCAUUCCGAUUAUAGUACAGAAGUAACGAGCAACGAUGAUGAGUCGUUUGAUAUAUACGAUGUUGAUCUUGAUAUGCCGGACUUAAUGAAUGGUGAUUCCAGCAUGAAAUUUAACAAUCCUACGACAUCUUUUGGUCUGAUCGAUAGCCGUGCAACCUUUGCUGAACUAUUAGCGAUUAUGAAAAAAUCUUAUAUCUUGUUUCUGUUACAAUUACGCGAGGAAUAUUUGGUACCGAAGACGGUUACGAAUGUUAUUUCGACCUACAUCACCACUUUCAUCCAACAUUUAGAGAACAUAUUCGAAAAAAAAUCUUUUUAUCCUUCUCAAAUCGAUUUUUCACAUUCAACAUCUUCUGUACCAAAACGAGAUCGGAAAAUUAUAGAAUUUGAUCAAGUGCAGCUAACAUUAAAUAACAUACGUGUUGAAAUCGAAUCUGUUAGUAAGAAUGAUUAUCAAUUUGUCAGAAAUUGCGAGAAGUAUUUCGGAUAUAGUUCGGCAGAGGAGAUAGCUUUGUCAUCUAAUGAUGGAGUGCCGGAGUAUGCUUACUUUAUUCCGUUCGAUACAACAUUGAAAGCUAUGUUGAAGUCUUCGCCACUUGUUUUAGAAAUUCUAGACAACAUUCAUCAACAGCAAUUAAGUGUAGAAAAUGAUGAUGACCUAAUGUUCUCAAUUCGUGACGGAUCCUACGGCAACAGAAUAGAUCAAGAUAGUUUACUAGUUCAGUUGUACUUGGACGAUAUUGGUUUAACAAAUCCUCUUGGCUCCAAACGGGAUAAACACAAAAUGUCGAUGGUUUACUUUUCGCUUGAAGAUGUGCCUGACAGAUAUAGAUCGAAAACUGACUUUAUUCAAUUAGGUGCUGUUUGCGAAAGCAAAAUUCUGAAAUCAGAAAUCCAAACUCGAACAAUGAUCGAUCAUGAUGAUCUCGUUCAAAAGAUCGUUAGUGAUCCAAAUAGAACACCUCUCAGAGGUGUUUCAGGACCGAGUCCAUUACAAGAUCUUAUCGGUUUCCACGCAACUACAUCUUUACCACGAGAUGCUAUGCACGACUUCAUUGAGGGAGUCGUGCCAAUGGUCAUCAUGGCCCUACUCAACAAGCUUCAUCAUCACGUCUUUUGA